AUGACUACUCAGAACGAUACGUCCGGCGCGGAGAGAGUACGCGAAAGCUUGAUGGCUGCGGAACCACCCCGCCGGCCAGGGAUGCUCAAAUACUCGGUCUAUUACUUCAAGCACAAGUUUCUGGGCACAGUGGGACUGUUCAUCGUAAUAGUGAUGAUUUUAACUGCUGUCUUUGCGGAUGUGUUAGCCCCCUUUGCAUAUCAGCAGCAGAAUUAUGAGGACGUGCUGGUAGCUCCCAAUUUUACAUUCUUCUUUGGUACCGACAAUUUUGGCAGGGAUAUAUUCUCCCGAAUAGUUCAUGGGGCCAGAAUUUCCAUGCUGGUCGGGUUCCUGUCGGUGUUGGUAGGGACCGGCAUAGGGGCCGUCGUUGGCCUGAUAUCCGGAUUCUUCAUGGGUAAGGUCGAUGCCCUGGUGCAGCGCGUGGUGGAUAUGUGGAUGUCUUUCCCUGACCUUAUUUUGGCGCUAACCAUCGUGGCUGUUUUCGGGAAUACUUUGCCUAACGUGAUUCUUGCCAUCGCGGCGACCAUCUUGCCCCGAGGGGUGAGGAUCAUUAGGUCGGCCACCAUAUCGAUCCGGGAAAUGGACUAUACAAUGGCAGCCCGGUCCAUUGGCGCUUCCGAUUUGCGGACCAUGCUUCGCCAUAUUAUGCCCAACACCGUGGCGCCUUUCCUGAUUAUCAUGUCGUCCAUGUUCGGCACCGCCAUUCUGACCGAGGCCGGUCUCAGUUACCUCGGUCUGGGCAUUUCCGAACCCACCCCCUCUUGGGGACGGAUGCUGACCGGCCAGGCAGCGCAAUAUGCGCCCAGGGCCCCCUGGAUCAUCGCGUUCCCCGGCAUUUUUAUCACUGUCACCGUGAUGGGCUUUGCCUUCUUUGGGGAUGCCUUGAGGGACUUGUUUGACCCGAGGCAGCGGGGCCGUUAA